UAACAUAUUUGGAUGGGAUUCAGGAGCGGCCUCAAAACAAGAGAGACGUUUACACGCCGGUCGAUCAUUUUCUGAGUUGGGGCUUUGCUCGCAGAGAGAUGGGAGGAGGGCAUGGAGAGGGCGUGACUCACAAGGGAUUGACUUUGCAUCAGCCAAAGCGAUGGCAUACAGUCACAGGAAAGGGCUUGUGUGCCGUCAUGUGGUUUUGGGUACUAUACAGGGCUAAGCAAGAUGGUCCUGUAGUAUUGGGUUGGAGGCAUCCUUGGGAUGGCCAUGAUGACCAUGGCCAUGGCCAUGGACACUAGACAAUUGCAUGGAAGAACGAAUGAUGAAAGCAUAAAUGUUCUUGCUCGUGGCGAUAGUUACUGAAUGCUAUUUGGACAGAUUUGUUUAGCUUCUUCUAUUCAAUAAAAUGAACACAACUCCAUUUGAAUGUGUUAGAAUUCCACGCUUUCACUUCUGAUUUGUGUGAAAAUCUUAAUGAUACUGAAGACAUACAUGGCAUUUUUCUUUUGUUCUC